AGCGCUCGGCAGCGCUCGGUGCCUGCAGUGCGGGCAGGAGGCUGCGGGCGCCGCUGUUGACCGAGAGGAGCGAGAGGAAGCUCGGAGCGCUGCAGCCCCGCCCGCUGCGGACCCGCUCGAUCGCCCGCUCCCUGUUGGGCUCAGCGAGCGAGCGGUCUGCGAUCGUUCCCACGGUGGAGAACCGGGCUGCGGAGAGGCGGCGGUGCCGGAAGAGGUGAGCGGAGAAGUAGCGGGAUCGGCGGAGUGACCGGCGGGGAGCGGUGAUUCGGUGCCGGCGGUGCCGCGGCGGAGAUGUGCGCGGCGGGGAGGCGCUGGGGCCGGCGGCAGCGAGCUCUGCUCUGGGGCGUCCUGCUGGCAGCGUGGGAGGCGGCGUGGGGGCAGCUGCGCUACUCGGUGCCCGAGGAGAUGCCCAAGGGCUCGUUCGUGGGCGACGUGGCCAAGGACCUGGGGCUGCAGCUACGGGCGCUCAGCGAUCGCAGCGUCCACAUUGUAGAAAGAGGUAGGACGCAGUAUUUCACUCUGCACGGGAAGUCGGGACAUUUAGUGACGGCGGAAAGAAUCGACAGAGAGCAGCUGUGCCGGCUGGUGGAGAAAUGCGUGCUGCGCUGUGAGCUGAUAGUGGAGGGACAGAUGCAGGUUUACGGAAUAGAGGUAGAAAUCAAGGACAUUAACGACAACGUGCCGACAUUUCGAGAGGCAGAAAUUGAACUGAGAAUGAGUGAGGCAACAGCCCCGGCCUCGCGGUUUUCACUUCCCAGGGCUCAUGACCCCGAUACAGGAAGGAAUUCCCUGCAGAGCUACGAGCUGAGCGGCGACGAGCACUUCUCGCUGGCCGUGCAGGCGGGCCCCGGCGGCGAUCAGCGUCCCGAGCUGGUACUGGCGAAGGCGCUGGACCGGGAAGAGGCGGCGUUUCACGAGCUGGUGCUGAGGGCGAGUGACGGCGGCGAUCCGGCACGGACGGGCACAGCUCGGAUCCGUGUGACAGUGCUGGACGCGAACGACAACGCACCCGUGUUCAGCCAGGCGGAGUACACGGUGCGUGUGCCCGAGGAUGUGCCCGUGGGCUCUGUCCUCGUCACUGUCACGGCCACAGACGCCGACGAGGGGCUGUACGGGCAGGUGAAAUACUCCAUGAAGAAAGAGACCGACACAGCAUUGGAUAUUUUCCAUCUGGAUUCUGAGACUGGAGCGAUCAAGCUGUUGAGGAUCCUGGAUUUCGAGGAAGGCGAUUCGUACGAAUUGGAGGUGCAGGCACAUGAUAGUGGAGCUCUUUUCGACACGACAAAAGUCGUGAUCACUGUGACAGAUGUCAACGACAAUGCGCCUGAACUGACAGUAUCGUCAAAGUUGAACGAGAUCUCGGAGGACGCCCCUCCGGGGAGCUCAUGAUCCGGACUCGGGCCGGAAUUCCCUGCAGAGCUACGAGCUGAGCGGCGACGAGCACUUCUCACUGGCCGUGCAGGCGGGCCCC